GCCCAGCAGCCCCUGCCAUCCUCUGCAGCCUCCGCUCCCCGCAGCAGCACCGCCGGCCAUGGACGUCACCAUCCAGCACCCCUGGUUCAAGCGCACCCUGGGGCCCUUCUACCCCAGCCGGCUGUUCGACCAGUUCUUCGGUGAGGGCCUCUUCGAGUAUGACCUGCUGCCCUUCCUGUCGUCCACCAUCAGCCCCUACUACCGCCAGUCCCUCUUCCGCACCGUGCUGGACUCCGGCAUCUCUGAGGUGCGGUCCGACCGGGACAAGUUCGUCAUCUUCCUGGACGUGAAGCACUUCUCGCCCGAGGACCUCACCGUGAAGGUGCAGGAGGACUUCGUGGAGAUCCACGGCAAACACAACGAGAGACAGGAUGACCACGGCUACAUUUCCCGCGAGUUCCACCGGCGCUACCGCCUGCCUUCCAACGUGGACCAGUCGGCGCUGUCCUGCUCGCUCUCCGCGGACGGCAUGCUCACCUUCUCCGGCCCCAAGGUGCAGUCCGGCCUGGACGCUGGCCACAGCGAGCGAGCCAUCCCCGUGUCCCGGGAGGAGAAGCCCAGCUCGGCGCCCUCGUCCUGAGCCCGCUGCCCCCACCGAGGCCCUCCGGUGCCUGGGCCGGGGGGACCCCAGAACAGGCGUGGGGCUCGUCUUCCUUCCCUUCCCUUCCCUUCCCGCUCAUCUCCUCGGGGGAGUGAGGGUUUGAGAGAGGGGCACCCAGGGUGGUGGUGGUCCCCUGCUCCGUGAGGCCUCGUCCUGGGGCUGCUGGUGAGAGGUCAAAGCAGGUGACCAGGCCCUGAGAACACCACUAGCGACACUCUGACGGCUUCCGGACUGCAGUGGGGCCGGGGGCGUCCUGACACCCUGGCCGCGGCCCCGCCCGCCUUCCCCGGCGCCUCCUCUCUCAGACCCUCUUCCUCCACCCUCCCUCUACGUAGUGCCACUGCUGGGGACUCCGGUCACCCAUGGCAGCCAAUAAAGAGCAGGUGACACAAGCAA